GUGUCACAGGCUGGAGCUUUCCCCUGUCCCCUGCUAUGCAGAGCUAUUAAAGCUAUUUUGAAAGUGACCCUUCAGCCUAGACACAUUCAGAAAGGGAGAGAGGAGAGGGGAGAGAGAGAGAGAGGAGGGAGCAGCUGUUUGGAACCAUGACUGAAGAUGACGGAUUCGGUUGUGGUGGAGGGUCAAGUCAGAUUGAGAGAUGGAAAAAAGUGGAAGAAUAGAUGGGUGGUGCUCAGGAAACCUUCGCCUGUAGCAGAUUGCUUGUUAAUGCUGGUGUACAAAGAUAAAUCGGAGAGGACGAAGGGGCACAAAGAGAAAAGCAGUGUGACGUUGGAAGACAUCUGUGGUCUGGAUCCAGGGAUUUCGUAUGAGGGAAUGAGCCAGACGCUCGCCAUCAUUUGUUUUACGCAAGUUGUUAUGCUGGGAUUUGAUAACAAAGACAUUAUGAAUGCAUGGGACGUACGGAUCCGAUACAGUUUGGGUGAAGUUCACAGAUUCCAUGUUGGUGUGUUGCCUGGUACCAAGUUGGAAAGUGGACUCGCCACACUUCAUUUGUGCAAUGAUAUAUUAGUUUUGGCAAGAGAUAUUCCUCCCGUGGUCAUUGGGCAGUGGAAGUUAACCGAUCUGCGACGCUAUGGAGCGGUGGCAAAUGGGUUUGUGUUUGAGGGCGGAACCAGAUGUGGAUACUGGGCCGGUGUCUUUUUUCUUUCUUGCGCAGAAGGUGAUCAGAUCAGUUUUCUCUUUGACUGCAUAGUCCGUGGCAUUUCUCCAACCAAAGGUCCAUUUGGGCUGCGACCCGUCCUUCCAGAUCCUAACUUCAAUCCCGCCUAUAUGGAGGAGCGAGUGGCGCAUGAAACCCUGCAGAUAGAGAAACGUCUCAGUUUGCUGUCUCAUCACAGUCUGGGAGGAGAUGACAGAAGUUUGUCCAGCUCUUCCUCGGACACCAGCCAUUCAGAUGCCAGUGCUGGGAGCAGACUUACCAUUUGGCCGGAGGCUUCUUCAGCCUCGUCAGCCAGUACUUCAGCAGAGAGUCAUGGAAUGUCAGCAGCAAAGGGCAGUCACCUCCGGGAUGAAAGAGCUCAUGCUGAGGUUCACCGUACUGCUAAACCUCCUCAGAAAUCGGUACAGUCUAGGCAGCUGCAGGAUAUAGGUCGUCAAAGCUCCUCCGACAGUGGCAUAGCGACGGGAAGCCACUCUUCCUACUCUGGGAGCUUUUCAUCGUAUGCUGAGAGCCUGGACAUUUGCCAGAGUGAAGAGUUUGGUUCAUUGCUAAGCUUACCAUUGAACUUAGCUGCAGAUCAGAAUGUAUGUACUUGCCAGCCUGUUGAUUCACAUAGAGGCUCUGAGUAUCACAUUCCGGGCUUUGUCAGACAUCUUUAUGACACACCCCGAAGUGUAUUACAUGGCGCUGCUAGAGAUACUCUGCCCAAGAGUUCAGAUUCCACAUUAUCCCAGGACCAUUCACAAGCAACUCAUGGCAUUACUGAUGCUAAGCAAUUGCUAGCACAGAUGGAGACAAAAGCCACCAGUGAACAAGGCCACGACUGGAGUAGACACCUUUCCUUGCAUCAAGAGAGCAAGGACUCCGCUGAAGAAACCUAUGUGGAUUUUGUUCCAAAAUGGACAACUACAAAACCACAACCGCAGAUGCCUGAGCCAAAGAGCACUGAUUUGGAACCACCAUCUGCUGGAACCUCAUCCGACACUUGUGAAAUAUGCAGCCCUCAGCCUGGGAUUACAAGAGCGCUUUUUGCAUCAUGCCCAGUCUGUGGAGGGCUAAAGGGAGCUGCAGCUUCACAGAUGGGGAUGUUACCCAACACAUCACAAGGUGCUACACCUGCAUUAGCGGGAGCCCCUAAACUGCCUAAGGGACAGACACUUUUGCUUGGUGCAGCAGGGGCAGCAGCUUAUCCAGCCGAGCCACUGGUAUCUGACCGACCUCGCAGUGAAUCAGCAACAUAUGUUAAUAUUCCCAUCAGCCCUACAGCAAAGAAACAGCUCCAUUACUUGGCAUUAGAACUUCAAGAUCCUAAUACAGGAAUAAGAGGAGGAGGAUCCACCAAGUAUGCUCAGAUAGAUAUUGCUGCAACUGAGACAGCCCAGAAAGUAGGAUCCCAACAUGCGCAGUCAAGAGAAGAGCGUCUUCAGGAGCUUGAACAGAAAAGAAAAGGAGCACAACAGUGACCUGAUUCAGGAAAUAGCAAGUGUGCACCUUAGCCUAAGGGGCACUGAACCAUAAACCUGUAAUUGCUGAAGAAACCAACACUGUUUUUUCUGAACAUAGGAGCAUCGGUGGCCAUAUCUGUGGUAUGUGGGCCAAAUGUGCUGCAAACUCUCAAGGCCUAAUGUUCCAUUAAAGGAUUUGGUUACCUGUUGUUGUAGAACUGCUCACACUUUAUUAGCAAAAACAUGUAGCAUAUUGAUACAGGGGGUCAUUCCAUAACUCAUAUUCCACACUGGAAAUCAUGUAGAAUUAUCUGGUUUAAGGCAAUCUCCAAGGUUUUUUUGGAUUAUUUCACAGAAAUGAUCCUAUCUUGUUGAAGGCAGUGCCCAAUGUUUUCUUUUUUUUUCUUUUUUAAGUAUUCCAUUUAAAUUAUUAUAUAUUGUUGGUUGCAAAGUUGAAGGUUUUCUAAAAUAGUUCAAUAAAAUGAUCACACUUUGUUUUCUGGAAUAUUUCAGUCAAUGCAGUUUAUAGAGCUGAAGGCAAUGCCUAAGGUUUUCUGGAAUAUUUUACAAAAAAUAUCAUAUAUGGUUGAAGGCAAUGUCCAAAGUUGUCUAGAAUAUUGUAUUUAAAUGAUAUUUAAAAACAGAAUUUGAAUUUAAAGUCCAUAUGUCCUUCAAUGUGGCAAUAUUAUUUUGUAUGGACUUCUAUAACAUACUAUUUAUUUUUGUGUCUAUCUAUAUAUGUCUAUAGUAUUUAAUGUAAUUUGCAUAUAUUUUAUAAUUAAUGGUUUUCUGCAACAUACCUCCUCAGUUUUAAUGGUCUUACACACAAUGUUUUUUUGUAGAAUUUUCUCCUUUUUACUGUAUAUGAUCAUUACAUGUUCCGGGGCAUUUAUGUACUUCACUGGAGUUUAAUUAACUUUUUCUUGAUUAUAAUUCUUUAUUUCGAAUAUGUCUUUCAAUUUCAAAUCCAGGAAGAAAUGUGCAUAUGUUAUUUGUAUAAAAAUGUAAAAACAGCAGGUGACACUAUUUGUAAAACGUAUUGAACAUAAAUAUGAUGUAUGUAGAUGACUCACAUACCUUUAAAUGGAAUUAAUAAUAAGGGGCAGAUUUAUCAACAUUCAAAUCCAACUUUUUAGCCGAUUUAGAGUUUUAUUGCGGCAAAAACAGUGAAUUUCGGAAAUUUAUGAAAGUCAAAUUUCAAUAUUUAUGAAGCACAAAAACUUGAAUAUUGAAAUAUAAAAAUUUGGCAUCUAAAAGCUGUUGAGUUCUUGUAGAAGUCAAUGUAAGUUGUAUUAGCAAAAUUAAAGUUAUUUUUUGAGUGAAUUUCAGAAAUUUCUGAAAGUCAAAAUUUCAAUAUUUAGGAAGCACAAAAACUUGAAUAUUCAAAUAUAAAAAUUUGGCAUCUAAAAGCUGU